CACAUCGGAGCUCCUUGUUACGAGGACAGUGCAGCAUCUGGAACCAUUGCUCUGUCCAGUCCCUUCCCACCAAACAACAGCUGACUAAUUGAUAAUGUGGAUUUCUGAUCUCCAUUCCUGGAUUCAAAUAUGUGUCUUGUGUUAGUAAUUGAAUUCUGUAGUUUGUUGUACUGAGAGUGGGACUAGAGUCAUUCAUACACCACGUCACUUAAAAAGUUUCAGAUACUCCUUUGUGAAAGGAAAGCAUGGGGUUGAGUGUGGUGUUUGGAGUGCCUGGUCCUGGCUGUGCAGUUCCUGAUCAGAUGCUAGAUAGGGGCUGCUUGGUGACAUUUGGAAGACUGAACAUAGGCAGUGAGCUAAGAAAUGUGAUGAAACUACUGCAGAAUUUCUUUGAGGAUUGUUCUGUGAUAGUUGGCACUCAAGGAACCUGUUGAAAAGAUGAGGAUUUGUGUUGCAUAAUUAAAGGAACCAGCAAAAUUUACCAUACAAUCAGUGAGCAGAAUGAAUCCCUGGUCCUUUAAAAUGUCUGAAAAUAGACCAUCAGAGUGGAAAUGCAUUUUUACUUUCACAUCAUUUCUUUCAGAGAGAGCAUGAAAUGCUGUCUAACUGUCUUGUGGACACUUCUAGAUAAAGAAGUUACAGUCCCUUCCUAUUUUUGUUUGCAAGAAUUUCCUAAAUUUAAACUUCCUUCUUUUUUUAAGGAAUAAUGCAACAAGAGAAAGAGAUUCCAAAAAUGUCUGAUGACAACUCUUUAAAAUUCUGCUGGGACAUUAUUUUUAAUGUUAAACUGAAGCAGCAGUUUUAACCAUUUUUGUUAUCAAAUACUGUAAGGUUUUUAAGACAUACUGCCCACUUGUGGAAGAGUUACAAAUUACAUUACCUUGGAAAAGAAAAAAAAGAAAGAUGAUAUAAUUAAUUUAUACCCAAAAUACAAUUGCCUGUCAUUAAAAUAUGUUAACAAGGAAUCAAAAAUUAUCAGAAAAGGGCGGAUAGUGGCUUUUGUCUUUUUGUCCACUCUGUUGUAUCUUUUUAUUUUCCUGCUUUUGCUUUGUUAUUCUGAAAAUUAAUCAGUAGUAGAGCUGAACACAGAUUAGCCAUCACAGUGUUAGUUUCCUACAAGGUAGUAUCUGCAUUUUUUUUUCCUUUGUGUCUCAAACCUAAAUGAGCAGACCAAGAGUUUGUAUCUGCUCUCUGAUUGGGAUAACUCAUUAGCCGAGUACUUUCUGAAGAACUGCUUGGUGGUUUUGCUCUCAAGCAUUUCCUCUAAAUGUUCUGCACGCAUCUGGAAAUCAUUCUGAAAUAUGGAAAGUCACAUUUUGAAAAUCUUAACUUUUAAAAGUGAAGAUAAUUCUCUUUCUUACAGCAUCAUACCAAUUCUGGGCUGUUAGUAAUCUCGUCAUAUUGCAGGAAAUUCAGAGUGGUGUUUCUACUGUUUAGCAUGUGUUUAAUGUGGAGCAAAGAAGGAAGGGAAGGUGAAGAUGGGAUGUUUAUUUGUGGAUGCUUUUGGUGUGUUCAUCUUUGCAUUUAUUGCCUAGCAUGUCUAUUUCAGUAAGAAAUAAAGCAGUUUAUUAGCUACUUUAAUAUUUUUCUAGCUAGACUAGAUGUUCUAGACUAAUUUAAUCACUCUCUUAGCCACACACACAGAAAAAUUCUGCUAAAAGCUCAUGAAGUGUGUCCACUAUUGAACUUCACUUCAUAUGUAUAGAUGCCUUACGACACAUAGGCUUUCCAAGCAUGGUGUGGAAGACUUGGGUGUUCAAGAUUGCAAGAAAUCAAGUUAGAUCUAACAUCCAAUAAGAAAUUUUGAGGGAGGGAGAGGGGAUACAAUUAGGCAGCUACAUACUCCUGGGAAGCACUCCCAAGAUUUCAGCCAUGUAGCAAGGUCAGCUGGUUCUCAUGAAAAACAAUGAAACUGCUGAAUUUUGUUCUGAGGCUUCAGUAUGGCUGGCAGAAGAAAGGCUACUAAAGGUAUUACUUAGUAAUUGUGCCACAGGGUGUUUUCUGCACUACCUGGACACGAAAUAAAGCUAAACCAGUGAUGGACAUACAUGCUGGGAAGAUAUUUGCAUGGAUAAUAAAGUUUUGCCUUUUUUUACUGCUGCCAUUCAAACAUUCAGUAAAAGCACUUGGCAAACACUAAUGAAUUUGUUCCCACAACAGAGGCAAAGGCAUGACAGCCAACAGUUUUCAAAUUUAAGUAUUUAAAAUUAGACACCGAAGUGUUUUUAGAACCCGUAAUAAAAGUGAUUGAAUUUUUACAACUGUAGAAUACUCACAGCUCUCUGCAAGUGGCUUCAUUAUUCAUACAAAAUAUAAGCAUUGGUGGAAGACACACAAUUUUUCCCACCAGUGUGGAAAGAAAAGCCUCAUCCUGUUAACUGCCAAGCUCUCAUUCAGGGAGUCUGUAUUUCCUUGGUUCUGGGACAGCAGCAGCUGGUGCUUUGUCACUGAGGCUGCUGCUAAGAAUUUUGAAACAGUGAGAGUUUUGAACUGAGCUCUGAGGGUUGGACCAUUACAGAUAAACUGGUCUGGCAAAUAACUGGAUGUAUGCUUAUUUACAUUGUAUCAGUUAUCAGCCCCUGAGUCCACAAAAAGAGAGCAAUAGCAACAACAAAGUUGACCGGUGCCUUUCAUCAGCAAAAAGUAUAAAUAUAUAGAGGGGGACCAAAGGCUUGGUGAAUUGCAACAAUGUCAGAAAAACAAGGAUAAAAUUAAAAAGUAGUUUAAAGUCUCAUUAAGAUAUGUACACAGGUUGAAAAAAAAAGAUAGAAAAAGUUUUUGUAUAUAAUGCUAGCAAGCAGAAGAUACCAGGAAGGGAGGGAGGAAAGCAAGAGGGAACCUCAAAUCAACCCUCCUGACCUCCACAGAUAAGAAUCAUGUUGCUUAAAGAAGAACUUGCAUUUGAAAAAAACUGCAUAUUUCCUAAGCAGAAGUCUGCUAGAGUUCUGCUUUAAAAGAAUCUUGGGAAGACUAGAUUUAUCUAGCAUCAUUUUUUUUUUCCCCCCCUCCUGGGACAAUUAUUUUUGGAUGCUUAUUGGAUUUUUGACCCAUCCUAUUUUCACACCUGAGGAAUCUCAACUUUUUGGAUAACUUUGCCAGAUACAACUUCCUUCCCAGACUGACCUGACCUGGAUACCCACCAUGCACAACAGCACUGCCGGAACUCCGCACGCGGCUGCGACGUGUAACGAGACUUGGCCCACUCAGCCGCUGAGCUCUGAGUUCUCACUGGGUGUGUUGGUGCUGCUGGCUUUCCUCAUGGUGCUGCUGUGUGUGGUGACCAUCCUUGGAAACAUCCUGGUGAUCCUUGCUUUUGUUAUGGACAGAAACCUGAGGCAUCGGAGUAACUAUUUCUUUCUGAAUCUUGCUGUUUCUGACUUUGCAGUGGGUGUGUUCUGUAUGCCGUUGUACAUCCCUUAUGCCCUGACGGGGACAUGGCACUUGGGAAGAAGCCUGUGCAAGCUCUGGCUGGUUGUGGACUAUCUCGUGUGCACAGCUUCAGUGUUUAACAUCGUCCUUAUCAGCUACGACCGUUUCCUGUCAGUUACAAAAGCUGUAUCUUACAGAGCCCGGCAGGGAAUAAUGUCCAGCCCUGCCAUCCAGAUGGUGGCCAUCUGGGUCUUUGCCUUCCUCCUGUACUGCCCAGCCAUCCUGUUUUGGGAGCACCUGGCCGGACACAGCGUGGUAGCAGCGGAUCAGUGCUACGCCGAGUUCUUCGACAACUGGUACUUCCUCCUGUGUGCAUCCACCCUGGAGUUCUUUGUGCCGCUGCUCUUGGUGAGCUACUUCAACAUGCACAUCUUCCACAACAUCCAGAGGCGCCAGCGGCGUGGCAGCGUGCAGGGCUGUGAGCCUGCAAGGAGCAGCAGCCUGUCCUGGAGGUUUUGUGGCUUGCCAAGGCCAGGGGCAUCAUCUCCUUCGUCAGAAGCAGAGGACAGUGUUUCUUCACUAACGAGGUCAUGGAGACCAGCAGUGGUGGCUAAUGUUCCAUCUCAAACAGAAACCAAUUCUAUGGCUCUCAAAAGGAACUUUUCCACUUCUUUUUGUUCAAGGACUGGAUCAAAACUGCAGCGGGACAAAAAAAUAGCAAAGUCUCUUGCCAUAAUUGUCUGUGUGUUUGCCAUUUGCUGGGCCCCAUACUCUUUAUUAAUGAUUAUUCGUGGGGCCUGCCAGGGAACUUGUGUCCAUAACUUCCUGUAUGAAGCAACCUUUUGGCUUUUGUGGAUCAAUUCUUCUUUGAACCCAUUUCUUUACCCUCUUUGUCACAUGAGGUUUCGAAUGGCUUUUCUGAAGAUAUUAUGUCCCAAAAAGUUUGCAACAUUGAGAUCUGUUAAUACGCCUUCUUUUUAGAGAGGUAAAAGAAGUGUCUUGCAGAUAAGGUUCCUCUGUUAUUUAGUGAUACCUUUUCAUAUGUAUCAUUGGCAUAAAUAGAGGAAGAAACCAUUUGUUUACUAAUGACAUUGUGUAAGAGUGCAGCAGAGUUACGAAGUUUCCUUGAUACUGAUAAUUUUCAGGAUCUCAUUUUUGGUUUUGCUGGUAUGAUGCCAGAUUGAUUACCGUCUAGUGCAUUGUAAAGAACAACAAGCUUUGCUGGAUGUCCUCUUGGUUUGUGAACUUGAGGUAUAUUUUUUUCCUUCUCUCUUUCUUUUUCUUUCCUUUGUUUAAUACAAAGAGCCGGCACUGUGAAAGAACUCUGCUAUCACUGUCUUCAUAGAGAGUCACUGGAGGGAGAUACCUGCUCAUGUAUGUGUUUAAGUAAAAUUUGUGUCCUAUUUAUGAACCUAAAGCUAUCAGUGAAGAAGCGAUUCUGCUGCAUUUUUAAAAUAUUGUAAAAAUACUCACGGAAGCAGUAUAUUUUUAUUUUAUAAACUAUUAUGAAGACAAGAGUGUGCCUUCUCCUUGUUAUAAUCCCCAUAGUGAGCAAUAUGAAAGUGAGUGGACUGCCUAACUUGCCAUAUCUGUCCUUUUCAAAUUUUAAUGUAGUGCAUACCUGGCAUUGCAGGACAAAGUACAUGUAAGUUAGUAAUUCUGAAUGAUUUUCAGAGAAUGAAAUUUUACAUACUAAGAGAAUUUUGAGAUUGGUUAUCAAAAUUGUCAGACAUAAAUGGUUGUUAGUCUUAUCACCUCUUUUUUCACCUGACAGUGCUGCCUCUUUGGUCACACUUAAAUGAUAUUUAGUGGCAGAUCUGUGCACUAUGUGAUUGCCUAAAAGAUAGGCCAGGUUUGGGCACAUGAUCAAAUUCCUGUUGAAUUAGUAGAGCAAGCUAAGUUCAUACUGGAUUUUUGAUUUUGGCUGGCUGUGCGAGAAUAGACAAUAGACUCUCCAGUGAAAAGCUUUGCAAGUGCAAAGAUAUUCCAUCAAAAUGUCUGGAACAAAUUUGAUCUGACAGAGUGAUUUUUAUACUAGAUCAGUUCUUUGUGUCCUGUUACUGUGACAUUAUAUGGAUAUCUCUGCCACAGAACAAAUAUCAAACUGGAUUUUUUCAAUUAGGGGGCAAGGACCAUAUUCACUGCUUGAGAAUGAGGUUUACAGGAAGCUGAUACAGAGAUGUCUUAAGCAGCUCUUAACAAAGGAGUUGAAUGUCCAGUGCUGAAAGGAGUGAGUAGAUGUGUUGGAGAAAGCAAUGGAGUUUGAUUACACCCCAUUCCAUGUGCCAAACUUUCUUACCUUGUAUUGAGUGUUGCAACUCACUCAGAAGGCUUUCAUGGAUGGGUAAGUGAGAUUCACUGGCUACAGUUUUUCUCUCCUUUUAUGUAAUUU